AUGGAUAUAUUAAAGAUUAUAACAAUUGUAAUUUUAUUAAUUUUUGUAAAUAUAGUAAAUUCUCAAUAUUCUGCAAAUUGGACAGAAUUAAAUAAAAGACCAAAUCCUGCUUGGUAUGACGAGGUUAAAUUUGGAAUUUUCAUUCAUUUUGGUAUUUAUUCAGUUCCAGCAUUUAAUAAUGGGUCUUAUGCAGAAUGGUAUUGGUGGAAUUUAGAGACUGGAAAUUUUGCUCCAAUGUUUAAUUUAAGAGAUUUUGAUGCAAAUGAUUGGGCUCAAACUAUUGAAAAAUCUGGUGCAAAAUAUGUGGUUCUGACAUCAAAACACCACGAAGGUUAUACUCUUUGGCAAUCAAAUCAAUCUUGGAAUUGGAAUUCUGUUGAUAAUGGCCCUGGUAUUGAUAUUGUUGGUGAGCUUACAAAAGCAGUUAAGAAUUUAGGAAUGCAUAUGGGUUUAUAUCAUUCGCUAUAUGAAUGGUAUAAUCCACUAUACAAUUCAGAUAAAGACUCUGGUAAUCCCCCCAAAAAAGAUGUAUAUGUGCAACAAGUUUUAAUGCCAAUGCUAAUGGAUCUUGUUAAUACUUACGAACCACAUAUUAUUUGGGCUGAUGGUGAAUGGGAACAAACAUCUAGUUAUUGGAAAUCCACAGAAUUUUUAUCAUGGUUAUACAGCGAUAGUCCUGUAAAAGAUCAAGUAGUUGUUAAUGAUAGAUGGGGAUCUGAAUGCAGAGGUGUUGAUGGAGGUUUUUUCACAGGUAACGAUCAUUGGCAACCAGGUCAUUUAGUUUCGCACAAGUGGGAAAAUUGUGAAACUUUUGAUAACUCUUAUGGAUAUAACCAAUUUCAACCUGCAAAAGCAUAUUCAAACUCAACAGAGUUAAUUAGAGAAUUUGUUGAAACAGUAGCUUGUGGUGGCAAUUUCUUAUUAGAUAUAGGCCCCGAUUCCGAAGGAGUUAUACCAAUCAAUGAACAAAAUAAUCUUUUAGAUAUGGGUUUUUGGUUACAAAUCAAUGGUGAAGCUAUUUAUGGAUCCUCACCUUGGAGAGUACAGAAUCAAACAGAAAGUAUUUGGUUUACCACAAACACAACCAAUGGUAAUGUCUAUGCAUUCGUCUAUGAAUAUCCUGAAACUGGUCAAAUAGUAUUAAAGGAUCCACAAUGUAAAUCUUCAAGUGUAGUAACUCUAUUAGGUUUUAAAAGCUCUGCUAAAAUUACAACUCAAUUACCCAAAAACGAUCAACCUGGAAUAACUUUAAAUUUACCUUUUGCUGCACCACAAGAUUAUCCACCUUUCGUUUAUGUAUUUAAAUUUACUGGUUGUGAAUAAAAUAAAAAAAAUUUCCAUACAUAUUUUUUAUACAAAUAAAAAAUAUUUUAACAG